AUGUCUAAGAGAUCUGGAAUAUGCGGAGGUAGGAUGUGUAUGCAGUUGGCACCAUUCCACGCACUCUUCCAAAGUUUCUACUCGGAGUCGUUGAAAGUUCUGGAUCGAUUUUUGAUCCUGGGUUCGAACACGCUCAAAGAGUUGAAGAACGCCAUUGAGUGUCCAUCAGAUAAUCACGUGUUCGAAGAUGUAAGUGAGCGACCUGUUUCCAAUGAAGACCUCUGUAAGAAUCGAUAUCCUUCCUCGUACUUUUUUUUCCACGACACAUUUUACGUCGAUGUUGAGGCAAGGACAUCCUAUGACAUAACCAGUGAGGUACGUUCGUGGGCUCUGGAACGAGGUCUGGGAAAAACAGAGGUUGCUGACAUGAACACUACGAGGAUCGUUGACCUGAAGUGUCGUCUUGGGGCGCCAUAUCUAUACCUUCAUGUUGGAGCUUGUGAACACCUUAUCACCUUUAAUAAUGUAACUCUUCGAAGUUAUAAAGCAUAG